AGAACAGCCAGAAAUUCCUGGUAUUUCAGGGUAGCCUUCAUUUAAAUUUGCUUUCCUCUGCAGAUUAUUUGUGCACUCCAGAGGAAAAUGUUUACAAGAUAGACUUCACCAGGUUCAAAAUCCGGGACAUGGAAUCUGGCACAGUCUUGUUUGAAAUCACCAAGCCAGCAGCCUCAGAGCGUGAGCACAAUGACAGGAAGGACGUUGACCCCAACGCCGGACGCUUUGUUCGCUAUCAGUUCACCCCAGCCUUUCUCAGACUGCGACAAGUGGGAGCCACGGUGGAAUUCACAGUAGGGGACAAGCCCAUCAAUAAUUUCCGUAUGAUCGAGCGACACUACUUCCGCGAUCAGCUCCUGAAGAGUUUUGAUUUUGAAUUUGGCUUCUGCAUCCCCAGCAGUAAAAAUACCUGUGAGCACAUCUAUGAAUUCCCCCAGCUCUCGGAGGAUCUCAUUCGAGAGAUGAUCCUUCAUCCCUAUGAGACACAGUCGGACAGUUUCUACUUUGUAGACAACAAGCUCGUGAUGCACAACAAGGCAGAUUAUUCAUACAGUGGAGGACCUUGA